GUCGAGGAAAAAGGAAUGAGCGUUCGUGCUGCUGCGAUGUUUCUUAAUAUCAAUGUUUACACAGCACAGGGCUGUAUGGACAAGAACAACAAAGCUCCUCAGGAGUACAUCCAAAGAGCUACGGGCAGCGGAAGACCAGUGGGUAGACCACCAAUCUUAACUGAGAAGCAUAAGGGCUUUAUGAUUGAAUGUGCAGACGAAAACACCGACUCCGUUACAUUAGACGAUAUGCUUAAUGAAUCGACUGAUAGAUUUGGUAAUCUCGAUAUCAGUAAAAGCGGCUUUAACAAAUUUGUAAAGGAAAAAUGUAAAAUUACAUUCAAUCAAGCACGCUUACAAUCCGUAGAGAGAAACAGCCCUGAAAAAAAAUUGAAGAGCUGUUAUAGAACAAGCUCUGGAUAUGAUCAUAAGCAAUAUUAG